AUGGGUAGAAGGAAGGAUUUAACAAGUGAGGAAAGGCAAGCCAUGGCCUUCUUUCUUCUUCAAAAUUCAACAGAUGGGAAGCUCCACCAUGGGACUAUCACUGCUGCCAUGGCGAAAUGGGGGUGUUGUCGGAGCUCCGUCUCGCGUUUAUGGCAGGCUGCAAAAAAGGAGCAAGCACAAGAGUUGCAUAAAAGGGGAACCAUUCGAAGACUAGCAACAGGUAUUAAUUGCUCGAAGAGUACAGUGGGCAGAUGGAUCUCAAAGGGGCUGAUCAGAGCUCAUUCAAGUGCUAUCCGACCCGAUUUGACGGCUCCCAACAAGUUAUUGAGGCUACGGUUCUCUCUUGAACAGAUUGAAUAUGAUAGGAUAUGCAAUGUCCUAAAGUUCAAGAAUAUGCACAAUGUAGUGCACAUUGAUGAGAAGUUGUUCUACAUCACCAAAGCAAACCACAAAUUUUACUUAACUCCAGAGGAAACUGAUCCACAUCGCACUUGCAAGAGUAAGAAGUUUAUCAAAAAAGUUAUGUUUAGUUGUGCAGUGGGCAGACCUCUAUUUAAUGAAGAUGGGAGUGUGUUAUUCGAUGGCAAGAUAGGGAUUUUUCCUUUCACAGAGAUGGUACCAGCCAAGAGAACAAGCAAGAACAGGCUGGCUGGAACAAUGGAGGAGAAGCAAAUCCAAUCCAUCACCAAAGAAGUGAUGAAGGCCUGCUAUAUCUCCAAGUUAAUUCCUGCAAUUUGGGACAAAUGGCCUCAAUUUGCAAGCAAAACUAUAUAUAUACAACAAGAUAAUGCAAGGCCACAUAUUAAGGACAAUGAUCCAGAUUGGAGAGCUGCUGCAACAGCCAAUAGAUUUGAUAUCAAGAUUAUACAUCAACCUCCAAAUAGCCCAGACACCAACAUCAAUGACUUGGGUUGGUUUAGGGCCAUUCAGAGCUUGCAAGUACAAUCAGUGGCCACAACUGAGCAUGAGCUAGUACAAGCAGUUGAAAAAUCAUUCGAGGAGCUAAGUCCUCAUACUUUAAAUGCAGUUUUCUUGAGCCUACAAGGAUGUCUAAUUGAAAUCAUGAAAGUAAGAGGGCAAGGUGCACUUCCAAUGUCAUUAGAGGUGCCAAAAGAACUUGUGGAAGAGUGCAUUGGAUAUUUGAUUGAAAAAGGAGUUGUUGAAGGCAUAGACCAACUGAAUGAGCAAUUGGGAUUACAUGAUGAUGCAUAUGGGGCAAUGGAGACAACCUUCAAUCAAUUGAGCAUGAUUGAGACUGCCUCCACUUAG